UUAAGAUUAAAUAAAUUAUUACAACUAGGAUUUGCACGAACCAUUAAAUUUGAAUAUCAUUAUCAACAGAUGAAAUAAAACUGUUUACAACUGUUUGUUAUUGCGUUUAUUAAAUUGCUACCUCCUAGCGCUCUCUUACAAAUAAUCUAUAAAGCACAAAUAUAUGAGAAAGAGGUGACCGGUCUUUCUAAUUUCACGGUUUAUUCGACAAAUAUGCCCAUUUAAUUUAUUAUUUUUUUAUAAAAGUCAACGUAUAUCGAUUAAAAUGUAUACCAAGAAGUUAACUUUAAGCUGUGGCUACUUGCUCCGAAUUAUUUUCUUAGUCAGUCUUAAAUCUGUCAUUACUUUCUGUCAAGAAGAACCUAAGGCCAUCGAAUUAGAUUCUAUUUCAUUCAACAAAGAAAUUGGAACGAGUAAUUAUUUUGUUAUGUUUUAUGCCCCUUGGUGUCCACACUGUUUAAAAUUAAAAGAUACUUGGGAAGAAUUGGCUGAAAUGUUAAACGAACCAGGUAGCAGAGUGACAAUCGGAAAAGUAGAUUGUACCAAAGAAGGGACACUUUGCUAUCAACAACAGAUCACUGGUUAUCCAACAUUGAUGUACUACAAGAAAGGUGAAGUGACGUCUUCUAAGUAUAGCGGAACCCGAGACCUGUCUUCCUUUGCCAAUUACCUCAAUGAACAGCUUGGUACGAAUAUAGUUGAACACGGGAUCGGAGAGGUACGCCCGUCUGGCCCAAUCGACCUCACAGAUGAGACGUUCUCUGACCACUUGUCUAAAGGAAAGCACUUUGUAAAAUUUUAUGCUCCGUGGUGUGGACAUUGCCAGAGCCUCUCACCUACGUGGGAGAAUGUUGGUAUAACGUUUGCUCCUCAUGAGUCAGUUACUAUCGGUAAAGUCGAUUGCACUGUUCAUAAAGAAGCAUGUCGGACCUAUGACAUCAAAUCUUACCCCACCCUUCUGUGGAUUGAAGAUGGGCAGAAGAUCGAGAAAUACCAGGGCCCGAGAACAGCCGACGAUUUGGAAGCUUUUGUCCUCAAGAGGCUAUCGGACACAGCGGAGAAAAUACCAUUGGAACCUUCGCUGGAGGAGCCCCCUUCUAUCCUCGCGUUGUCCAGCGCCUCCUUCAAGGAAAACAUCGCCGAUGGAUUCACUUUUGUCAAAUAUUAUGCUCCAUGGUGCGGCCAUUGUAAACGACUCGCACCAACCUGGCAAGAUUUAGGAAACAAGUUUGAAAGCGAAGAACGUGUUAAGAUUGCAGAAGUGGACUGUACCCGCGAGGAGAACAGGCAGCUCUGCGAUGACCAAGAGAUCGGAGGAUUCCCUACAUUAAUUUUAUACAAGAAAGGAGAGAAAGUAGACAAAUAUUCUGGCUCGAGGGCGCUCUUGGACCUUUACGAUUUUGUGAGAAAGCAUGUCGAUCAAGGUCACGAUGAGCUGUGAUUUGUCACGAAUUUUCUUUUUAAAUCGUGAAGUCAUUUUUUUUUUCAAACAUACACAUUUAACUUCUCAUCAUUAGAUAUAUUAUAAGGAAAACAAAAACAAAAAAAAUCUUGUUUAAGACACAUUCAUUCUUGAACAUAAACAUAGCAUAUUUGUACUUAAAUUAAUUUUUCCCAUCAUUAUUAAAUUAAAUAAACAUUAGAUAUAAUAUGAUAAUUUCAGUAUAGCCAGAUAAGACUGUGAUGUUUAAACGUAAUCGUAACUUCAGAGAAGUGUUUAAGAUAAAUCUUCUAAUUCAAUCCAUUUUAGGAUGUUGAUGUUAUUUAUUAAUUGUAUUUGAACAAGUGUUUUGUAAUAAGAGUUAAGACUCUUCAUAAUUUUUUUUUUUUUAAUUUUGAUUUAUUUACCCUCUUAUGGAUUAUAGUUACCAUAAAGUACUAUAAUUUUUAAGAAUUUAUUAAAGAAUAAAAAUUUAAUAAAUUU